CCGCACAUACUGCCGAUAAUCUCACCUACCAGCCACUCGCCCACUCUCGUAUCACCAUGAGCACUCAGAAAGCCGUCGUGAUUACCUCUCCUAAACAGGGAGGCCUGGUUACUGAUCGUCCCAUUCCAGCUCUUCGUGACGACUACAUCCUCGUCAAGAACGUGGCUGUGGCCCUUAACCCCACUGACUGGAAACACAUCGCAUACCUUGCACCUCCCGGUGUCCUCGUCGGCUGCGAUUACGCGGGGAUUGUCGAGGAAGUCGGCAAAAACGUCAAAAAACCGUUUAAGAAGGGCGACCGCAUCGCCGGAUUCAUUCAUGGCUCCAACCAAGUGCAGCCCGAAGAUGGCGCGUUCGCAGAGUACGUCGUUGCCAAGGGGGACAUUCAGAUGCAUAUCCCCGACAAGAUGAGGUUUGAAGAAGCCGCAACGCUCGGUGUCGGCAUCAUGACUGUCGGCCAGGCACUGUAUCAGAGUUUAAAGCUUGCCCUGCCGACUGAACCCACCAAGACGCCCGAGCCGAUCCUCAUCUACGGCGGCUCAACCGCAACUGGAGCGCUCGCGAUCCAGUUCGCUAAGCUGUCCGGCUACACGGUGCUCACAACUUGCAGUCCGCACAAUUUUGAUCUCGUGAAGAGUCUCGGCGCGGACGCAGUUUUUGACUACAAGGAUGCCAAUGCCCCCGCCAAGAUCCGCGAGUACACGAACGACAAGCUCCGUCUUGUGCUUGACACAAUCUCGCUCGAGCCCAGCGCCAAAUUCUGCGACGGCGCCCUCUCCACCAGCGGUGGCGAGUACAGCGCGCUUCUGCCCGUCAGCGUCGACCGCGCCAAUGUCAAUUCAAGAGCCACUCUUGCCUACACGGCUAUUGGCGAGGAGUUCCAGUUUGGCGACAAGACGACCCCUGCGAAGCCAGAAGAUAAAGAGUUCGCGGCGCGCUUUGCCACUAUUACAGAGUCGUUGCUGCAGGAUGGGAAGAUCAAGGUGCAUCGGCCUAAGGUUGGGAAGAACGGACUUCAGGGGGUGCUUGAAGGGUUGGAAUUGCUGAAGGAGGAUAAGGUCAGUGGGGAAAAGUUGGUUUACAGGGUGGAGGAGACGCCGUAGAUGUGAUUUAUGUCUUUAACAUCUAUAUCUGACAGGUCUGGCUCGUAUCGUGUAAAUAGAUAGAAUUGAGACCAGCAGAAAAGGAAUAACUCCGCUUCAGAAAUGCCUCCAAACGGCCAAGGCUUGGCCCUGAGAGUGCCUAAGAAUUUUACUUGUUUAUUUUCUUCUGCCAACCCA